GACGGGCUCGCAGUCACCGGAAGCCAUCAGUACUUUGGUUCGAGCAUUGCUGGGACAAUGCGAUCAUCUGAUGAUUACCCAUGCAUCGAUAAAGCUACGUUCUUGAGCCUCCCAAAAGAGCUGCGCUUGUCGAUUUACUCAUACGUCCUACCCAACACGGAAUCCUUCGAUCUACGGUUCCAACGCGGCGACGGCGAAGCCAAACCGCCAAGCGAGUAUAACCUCACCUUCGUCCGGGAAGCAAAUGACAGCAAUGGCGUCUGGAGAAUGCAAAAGACGCUUCCGAGAUCCGACCGCGAGGUUGGCAACGAGAUCGUGUGGCGACUGGGUUGCAUCUCGCUGUUAUCAACGUGUCACGAGAUCCAUGACGAAUGCGUCGACAUGAUCUACGGCGACAAUACCUUUGUGAUAGACGUCUCGUUCGACACAAUCAAGUUUCGUCAGCGCUGGCACACGGCGAACAAUCUGACGCCGGGACGAUCCUACGCGUUCUUGGACCAUUUCUCGCAGCGGAAUCUCAUGAAGAUCAAGAAUUAUAUUGUAAACGUAGAGCAUGUGGAUGACUACACGGGGAUGAUCAAGUUCAAUUGCGGUGGGCGAGGGCUCACGGCUGGGAUCCGAGGGAGGGUGCAAGAACUAGUGGAUCUACUUGUUGCUGUACCCAAUCUCCACCGACUGCACGUGCAUCUGAUAGAUGGGGCUAUCAGCCGUGUGCGUUUCCCUAGCGGUCGUGUGCAUCGUGUUCAGGACGUUCAAAAUUUCUCGACGUCGCAAACCGUGCUGGACCCCUUCAAGGGACUGUAUGGAGUACGGAAGGCGAGGGUGACGGGUGUGAGCGAGGCGUACGCGAAGCUCCUCGAAGUGAGCAUGGCUGAAACGAGGGGCGCACCUCAAGGGUGAUGGGUAUCAUGGUUUAUACAUUGGUGUUAGACAAACAUAGAGCUACUAUU